AGGACUCACAGUGACUAGAUCAUUCUGGUUCAUUGAAAGUCUCUGGCAGCCUGGUGUUGAACCUGAGGAUGUGAAAGAGUCUGAUCAGUAUAAGGGGAGAGUGCAGUACAGCCGGACCCUGAACGACUGUAGAAUGACCAUCACUGACCUGAGAGAGAGUGACGCUCACACAUACAGGUUCAGAUUCUACGCUGGUGGUCCUGGCGGCAGAUACUCUGGCAGAGGUGGAGUCACUCUGUCCGUCACAGAUCUGAAGGUUACAGUGUCAGAUACAGAUGGAGGAGUAAAGAAGCUGAACUGCAGCUCCACCUGCACUCUGCCCAACACCACCACCUACAUCUGGUACAGGAACGGACAGCCUGUAUCUGGGUGUGAAUCUGCCUCCUGCUCUGUAGCUGUGGUCAGUGAAGUGGUCAGCUACAGCUGUGCUGUUAAAGGCAGUGAUCUCCACCCUCCUCCAGUGUAUAACAGGACGUCAGUAUAUGCAGCUUCUGGAGGCGCCGUGGUUUUGCUUCUGAUAUUCACUGCAGUCUUUUUGUGGAUGAGGAGACGAGCAGCAGUGACCAGCAGCAAGACAGAGAAGAGCAGUGGAGAGGGAGCUUCUGCUCCUGUGUAUGAUGAGGUCUCCACCCUGGCUGUGACCUCUGAGCCCUCAAGAGCUGCAUCCUCAGAUGGUCAGGAUGAUGUUCAGUACUCCAGCGUUCAUUUCUCACGCUCUCAGACGAAGGAUGUUCCUCUCAACUCCACCGUCCACCCGUCAAACGUUCUGCCUCAUGAAGAGGAAGUGCAGUACGCCGUAGUGAACACUGCUAAACCAAGAACUGCUCGGAAUGAUGAAACUCCAAUCUACAGCACAGUCCAGAAGAACAUAAGAUGAAAGCUUCCACCUCUCCAGCAGACGCGCCAAUAGUGGUGAACAACAUGAAGAUAUUUAUCAUUUUUGUGAUGAAUCUAGUCACAAUGUUCUUUUGUAUACUUGGAGUAUUUUGUUGGUAUCGUCAGUACUUUAACACUGAACAACUGCCUGUUUCAUUACAAAGAGGGCUUAAUUAGUCCUGUUUAAUUGGAUUUAGUGCAGGACAGAAAUAAAAUCACUGUAUAGUUUCUGAUGGAUUAAAAAAAUUGCUCCAUUCCUGUUGAACCAAAAGAAGCAGCAGGCAGCAAUCAUGAUGUUUUGUUUUAAAAUUUCAUGGCUUUACCAGUUUCAAGACCAAGAAACAGAUCCAUGCUUUUAUACUUUGCCACCUUCAUUACUGAAAUGUGUUUCUCGCCGUACCAACAAACAAAUUACAGCCUGUACAAAGCACAGCAGUGAGAACAUGAACACGUACUAGAUAAGGAGAACCUAUGAGAGCAGUUUUAUCAUCACUCCACUGGCUAUUCCUUUAGAAUUGGCUGUAAUGUUUUAUUAGUAGUCUCUGAAUCUGUUAGUGCUGCAGCUCCUUCAUACGUCUCUGAAAGCCUCAUAAACUCUGAUCCACAUUGAGCUCCGAGAUCAUCCACUGCUGCCUUCAACACUUUCCACCAAUUUAAAAAGUUUUGUUUUUAUGCCGCAAAGAUCUGAAACACAGGAUCAAUAAAUAUUCAUCUUCUUUUAUACAGAUUUUUAGAA